UCUAUAUCUAAUUAGAAGUUUGUCAUUUGAAAAUGAGUACUAGGAGGCCAUGUUGUGAGAAGGUAGGGUUGAAGAAAGGACCAUGGACAUCAAAAGAAGACAAAAAGCUUAUACCAUAUGUUACUACUCAACAUGGCCAUCAAAACUGGCCUUCUUUGCCCGCCAGAGCAGGUCUUCAAAGAUGUGGGAAGAGUUGUGGACUGAGGUGGAUUAACUAUCUAAAACCUUAUAUGAAACGAGGAAACUUCAGCUUGGAGGAAGAUCACACUAUUAUUCAAUUGCAUGAUCUUCUUGGGAACAAAUGGUCAACAAUAGCAACUCUCCUACCAAAGAGAACAGACAAUGAUAUAAAGAAUCAUUGUAAUACUAACAACAAAAAGGACAAAAAUGUCAAUGUUAUCAAACACAUGGCUCAAUGGGUGAGUGUUAGAUUGGAAGCUGAAUCAAGAUUAUCAAAUUUAUCAAUAUCAUCACUAUCAAACAAGAACAACAACAAUGCAAUGUAUAACUCUUGUUCUAUCAUGCUUGCAAUUGAUCAUGAUGAUCCUCUUUCUCCAAUAUCCAAAUUGAACUUUCAUAGUAUUGAGCUUCAUGUUCCUACCAAUAAUGAGUUGUGUUCACUAUCAUAUGAGAGUGAUCAUAGUGAUAGUAAUAUGAUGGAAACUACUAAUGGUGAAGAGAUCAUGGAUGGCUAUGUUUUGCAAGAUGAUGAUGAUAUAAUGGAAGCAUUUAGAGAUCAUUCCUUCAAUGGUCACACUAUCAUGGAAUUCAAUGGAAAUGGAAAGGGUAAUUUGGAUACUAGCAUUUCAUUUUUGAAAUAAUGAUCUCUCUUCCUAGGCGAUUCGAGAAGCACGUGCUCUUAUUUAUUCUCCAUUGUAAUUCUUACUUUUUAACAUGGUUUUAAAUUACACUUUGUAGUAAUUGAUAUGGUUGUAAUUACGAUCACUGUAAUUACACCUAAACGUGACAUUAUAAUAAUUUUUU